GGUGCUGGAUAUAUUGUGGACCGCGAAAUCCUUUCGGACGAGGAGAAAAAAGAAUUCGAUGAGGGAUGGGAAAACAAUGCAUUCAAUCAGUUUGUCAGUGAUCGAAUAAGUGUACGCCGGCAUUUACCGGACUACAGAGAAGGAACAUGCUUGACCAACGAGUAUGCAAAAGACUUGCCGGCAACCUCAGUGGUCAUUUGUUUCUUCAACGAGUGCUGGUCCACACUAAUUCGUUCGGUGCAUUCCGUACUGGACAAUUCACCACCCCAUCUGCUGAAAGAAAUUAUCCUGGUUGAUGACUUCUCCAAUCGAGAUUACCUGAAAAAACCCCUGGAUGAUUACAUGCAGGCGUUAGGUAAAGUGCGAGUAAUCCAUCUCCCGCAACGCGAGGGUCUGAUUCGGGCACGAAUGAUUGGAAUGAAUGUAACCACUACGGAUGUGAUCACAUUCUUGGAUUCGCACAUAGAGUGCACAGCGGGCUGGCUCGAACCCCUGCUGGCUCGGAUACAUGGAAACCAUUCCACUAUUGUUUCCCCGGUGAUUGAUCGCAUUGUGGAUGAGACGUUUGAGUAUACACCACUGCGUGCCACAGAAGUGCAAGUUGGAGGAUUUGACUGGGAUAUGACCUUCGAUUGGCAUAUCCCACCACAACGUGAUCUCCAGCGCCCGGGAGCUCCCUACACACCGAUUCGAACUCCCACAAUUGCUGGAGGACUGUUUUCCAUUCAUCGAGAUUUCUUUGCCAAACUGGGCUACUACGAUCCGGGCAUGGAGGUUUGGGGUGGCGAAAAUUUGGAGAUUUCUUUUAAAACAUGGAUGUGUGGUGGCACUUUGGAGAUUGUCGUUUGUAGUCAUAUUGGUCACGUAUUUCGCACACGCAAUCCCUACAUGUCGGAGACCAGUUCAGAUAUGCCAUUGCGAAGAAACAUGGUCCGAAUGGCUGAGGUUUGGCUGGACGAAUAUCGAAACUUUUUCUACGAGCGAUUCCAAUAUCAACUGGGCGAUUAUGGAAACGUAUCCGAUCGCAGAGAAAUCCGUGAUCGUUUGAAGUGUCAUUCAUUCAAAUGGUACUUGGAUAACAUUUUUCCGGAACUAUUUGUUCCAUCGAAAAUUGAAAGUUACGCCUUUCCUUUUUGUGCGGAUGCCUCAUCAGACAUUAAUCGAAAGGAUCUUCACCUCAUUCAGCCAUACCCAUGUCACAAGCGCGGUGGACAUCAAGUGAGUCUCCCAUUCGGCUCUAGUAAAACCUGUCCGAUUAGAAGAGAACACUUUGAUUCCAGGAAAACAGGAGUGUGA